GAACAGAGGAGAGGAAGAAAUUGUUGAGUCGCCUUCGACAGGGACUGCAGCACAAAGAGACGCAGCAGAAAUUUGUCAGGUUGGAGGGCAGCAUGCGGGUCCUAAUCGGGCUCUUCACCAGCAGCUUGGCCAGCGUACAGAUGGAGGCAGCUCGCUGUCUGCACGAACUCUCACACUCCUGUGACCCUGCUGUGGCUGAGGCGUGUUUGCCAGCAACCUCCUAUCUCCUGACCUAUCUCUCAGGACACAGUGUAGAAUUCACAGAGCUGUGUUUGUACACGCUGGGGAACUUGGCAGUGGAGAGUGACGCAGUGAGGAAGCAGCUUUUACCUCAAGGCAUUAUUCCAGCCCUGGCAUCCUGUAUCCAGUCCCCUCACGUGGCAGUGCUGGAAGGCCUGGGCUACGUCCUGUCGCAGCUCCUGCAGGCCACGGAAGCUCCCACCAAGAUCAUACCCUUGGUUCUGGACUCGGUUCUCCCCCAGCACAUGCUUCGAUUGGUUAGCUCCAACCUGGAGCUGGGAAUGGGAGUCGCCGUGGAGUUUGCUUGGUGUCUUCAUUACAUUGUGUGUAGCCAUGUGAACAACGCGCUGUUAAUCUCCCAGGGGAUCGUGUCAACCCUGGUGCUGCUCUUGCUAGAACUGGCUUCCGUGAUGUCAAAAGCAGCUACUGAGGGCCUGGAGUUGCUUAUCUGUCCCGUGCUGCGGUGUCUCAGCAACCUGCUUGCGGAGGAUGAGACAGAGGGCUUCAAAGUGCAGAUCCAGGAUGAGCGCCUCUUGGUGGCUUUGUUUCUCUUCAUGCAGUACUUCCUCCAGCAGCACCCGUUCCUAGUGCAGGAGUGUCUCUGGCUUCUCAACAACCUCACAGCUGAUGAGCCCUUCUUCUGCUCUGCCGUGCUCACACUGGACCUGCUCCCAGCCCUCCUGCAGCUCUUGUCCUGUUCCCGGAUGGUGACCCUGCUGGCUCUGACUGUGCUGUGUAACAUCGCCGAGAAAGGCCCUGCCUACUGCUACCAGCUACACCAGAAGGCUGUGCUGCCCUCGCUGCUCAGCACCCUUGCUCUUUCCGAUGCCCAGGUGGUGGGCCAGAGUCUAGAGCUGCUACAUCUCCUCUUCCUGCACCUGCCAGAGGCUGCUGACGACUUUCUCAGCCAAGCAGGACUGCAGGCCCUAGAACAGCACCAGGACAACCCCCAACUCCAGGAGCGAGUGAGGGCACUCAGCGAGACAUACCUCCAGCCAGCUGCAGCCUCUCUGAUCUCCUGCGCCGGUGCCUCAGCUGCUGUACUGCCCUCCUCCUAGACCACGCUGCAUCCACUCCUGCUUCUCUUCCCAUUUGCACUAAUUCUAUCCCAUGGACUUUGUACAUUGAGAAGUUAUUUUGGAAUUUAAUAAACUGUUUUACAUUG